AUGCUGUCACGAACGUGGUGUACUGCGAGAAGUCUGCCUGCCGCCACGUCCCUUCCUCCUGGUGUUUCCAUGAACGCGGUUCUCUGUGGUGCUGCUGUGUUGGCGCCUUCCCUCGGUGCUUCUCGUGCGGCCAGUCUGCAUGCUGACGUGGAUGCUCAACGCUCCAGCAGUCACAGCGCGUUAGAUGAGGCUGAUGGAAGGGUGGUGUUCGGAGGAGGGGAUGGAGCAUCCAGGAUCAUCCACGCAUACCUCCUCUCCACCACACUCGCGCUCGUCCUCUGCUGCAUGGGCGUCUCCCUCUCCCACCUCCUCGCCUGCCUGCAUCGCCACCUGUCCGCUGCCAAGCGUGGGAUGCGAAGGCUCCAGGCAACGGGCAUUUCCUAUAUGGUUUCCUUUUUCUAUCAACUCACAUCUGCAGCGCAUCAAACAGCUGCUCAAUGUGAUGCCGCGAGGGCACAUGUCAUGACUGCAAUUGCCAGGUGUUGGUGGGCUGCCAGCGCUGUACUCUGCAGCAUACAAAGAGUGCCCCAGGAGCUUCAUGAGUUGCGGCGGCAGCAGGAGGAGCUGAGGAGGGAGAUGCACGUGUGGGUGCAGCAGUUGGUGCAAUACAAGGAAGGAGAACAAGGAAUGGAUGCAAUACGGAGGGAGAUGCAGCUGGUGAGGGAGGAGGGGGCAGGGGAGGCAUUGAGGCUGGUGGGGAAGUUGGACGAGAUGAGUCAGCAGUGGAGGCAGGAUUUGGAUGAGCAGAUGAACAGAUUGAGAGUGGUUGUAGAAGCAACGAUGAGGUGGAACGUGAGGUUGGCACACGAGGAAGUUGAUGAGAUGAGGAAAGUUAUGGGGAAGGUUGAAGAGGUGGGGCAACAGUGGGGAAGGGGAUUGGCUGAUGAGGUGAGGAAGUUGGUAGGGAAGAUGGAAGAGAUGCAGCAAAGGAUGGAGCAACGGAGGAAAGGUCACGUGAGGAGAAGGCGGAGCAAGCGAGGAGGGAUAAGGAGAAGGCGGAGCAAGCAAGGAGGGAUAAGGAGAAGGCGGAGCAAGCGAGGAGGGAUAAGGAGAAGGCAGAGCAAGCGAGGAGGGAUAAGGAGAAGGCAGAGCAAGCGAGGAGGGAUGGAGAAGGCAGAGCAAGCGAGGAGGGAUAAGGAGAAGGCAGAGCUAGCGAGGAGGGAUAAGGAGAAGGCAGAGCAAGCGAGGAGGGAUAAGGAGAAGGCAGAGCAAGCGAGGAGGGAUAAGGAGAAGGCAGAGCAAGCGAGGAGGGAUAAGGAGAAGGCUGAGCAAGCGAGGGGGGAUAAGGAGAAGGCAGAGCAAGCGAGGGGGGAUAAGGAGAAGGCAGAGCAAGCGAGGAGGGAUAAGGAGAAGGCAGAGCAAGCGAGGAGGGAUAAGGAGAAGGCAGAGCAAGCGAGGAGGGAUAAGGAGAAGGCAGAGCAAGCUAGGAGGGAUAAGGAGAAGGCAGAGAAAGCGAGGGGGGAUAAGGAGAAGGCAGAGCAAGCGAGGGGGGAUAAGGAGAAGGCAGAGCAAGCGAGGGGGGAUAAGGAGAAGGCAGAGCAAGUGAGGGGGGAUAAGGAGAAGGCAGAGCAAGCGAGGAGGGAUAAGGAGAAGGCAGAACAGGCAGAGAAAGCGAGGAGGGAUAAGGAGAAGGCAGAACAGGCAGAGAAAGCGAGGAGGGAUAAGGAGAAGGCAGAGAAAGCGAGGAGGGAUAAGGAGAAGGCAGAGAAAGCGAGGAGGGAUAAGGAGAAGGCAGAGAAAGCGAGGAGGGAUAAGGAGAAGGCAGAGAAAGCGAGGAGGGAUAAGGAGAAGGCAGAACAGGCAGAGCAAGCACAGAGGCAGAAGGAGAGGACGGAGGAAUUAGGAAGGUUGAAGAAAAGGGCGAAGCAAGCAAUAAAAGAGAAGAAGGCAGAGCGAGCAAAGAGGGAGAAGGAGCAAGCUGCAAGGAGGGAUAAGGAGAAGGCAGAGCAAGCGAGGAGGGAAAAGGAGAAGGCAGGGCAAGCGAGGAGGGAUAAGGAGAAGGCAGAGCAAGCGAGGAGGGAUAAGUAG